AUUAGUUUCUAACAUACAUCAUCAUGGCAUCUUGGUUUUCCCAAAUUACUAGCACAGUUACAAACAUUGCCGGCCUUAGCGGAACUGCUGAGCCCAUCAAGACCGUAGCAGACACAGUACAGAAUGGCCAAUACUAUGGUAAAUUGGCAGAGCACGACCUCGAUUGGACCUUGGCUACCGGAUCCUCUACAGAGAACCAGGUGUUUUAUGUUUCAACAAAUACUGGUGGAUUUGCUUUUGUCCAGUUGAUUCAUUCAAACAUUGGUCUUUGGAACCCCACUGUGUCCUUCACCUGUCGUUUCUAUGAGCCUGCAACCAAGACCAACGUGUUCAAGAACAUCAAUAUGUCCGCUAAAUUUGAACUUUCGGCUGAUCGUCGUUCCGUCAAGACUGACAAUUUCAACAUCACUUUGGACCCAACCUUGACUACCUACAAAAUCCAGAUUACCCACCCCGACCUCAUUGUCUCUCUCGACUUUAAGCGUGUAGACCGUGGAUUCAAGGUAGGCGAAGGCAAGACAUACCUUGGCGGUGACCAGGGCUCAGCUGCUGGUUUCGUCUCGCAUAAAUUCUGGCCCAGAGCAGAAGCCAAGGGCACAUUUAUCGUCGACAAGGCUAUCCACGAUGUCGAGGGUCAGGGUAUGUUUAUCCACGCCAUCCAGGGUAUGCAGCCUCAGCUUAUUGCCUCCAACUGGAACUUUGUCAACUUCCAGUCCAAGGACGCCUCGCUUUCCAUGAUGCAGUUCACCACCACAAAGCAAUAUGGUGCUGUUGAAAUCAACCAGGGUUCAGUUGUCCUCAACGACAAGCUCAUCUGUGUCUCGGUCGACAACCAUGUCGAGCUCCAGGAUCUCGAGAAAGAUCCAGAGACUGAAUACGACAUCCCCAAGAAGAUCAAGUUGACCUGGCGCGGUAAGACCAUUGCCGAGGAAGGCAGUACAGAAGAACCCAAGGAUGUGUCUGUAGUCAUGGUUGUGGACGUAAAGGUUCUGGUCGAUAAGAUUGAUAUCUUGUCCGAGAUCCCCUGGUUCCUCAAGAAGCUUGUCCAGACAUUUGUUGUCAAGCCUUAUAUCUACCAGUGGCUUGAUCAGGCUACUGCCGAGAUCACUGUUGGUGAUGAAAAGGUCCAAGUCCAGGGCAGCUGUUUCCAGGAACUGGUCUUUGUGUCUGGCUUCUAAUUGACUUGAUUUUACAGAAUUGGUGUGUACACAACACAACACAACACAACACAGCACAACACAACACAACACAACACAACACAACACAACAUAGCACAACACAACCCACUCCACACACGCACUCACCCAUUCUCACAUCAAAUUUCUCUUAUAUUCUUUCCUAAACACACACACACACAUACACACAAUCUGUAUUUCUUUUAUUAUGUCUCUUAAACGUACACACACACGCCUAAACCUACACCCACACUUAAACCUACAACCUACAACCUAAAUUUACACCUAAAUCUACAACUACAACUAACACCCUCACCCACAAAUCCAUACACACUUAUUGUAACUACUUUAUCUUUAUUUUCCUUUUAGUAUUGAAGAUAAAGAAGAGAAGAAAAAAUCCCUCUUUUGUUGUCUUUAAAGACUCAAAAUUAGUAUUUGUAUAUCCUAACUUGCUUUAAUGCAUAAAGGACAAACUAUUACUGUUGUUAUUAUUUAUCUAUAAUUUACGUUAUUUUAAUACAAGAAAUAAAAUCCCUAAAUCCCUAAAUCCCUAAAUC